AGCAUCAGUCUGCCGGAGCCGGAGGAGGGGCGCUUCUCAGCGGCGUGGAACCAAACAGUCAGCGGUACAGGACGGCUAAACACCACUUCUGUUUAAUUGUUCGGCUGUCAAUCUGUCAGCAAUGAAGACGACCCCCAGUCACCCUUUCGUCCACCAGCUGAAACUCACGGACAGCGAGAAAUUAAAGGUAGCGCUGAUGUCGGUUACAGUUUUUCCAGUGCGGCUGCUGCUUGUCUCUUUCUUCAUGCUGCUGGCGUGGCCCUUCGCCUUCGCAGCCUCCCUGGGCCGCUCUGAGUUUGUCAUCGAGCCACAGUCAUGGUGGAGGAGGCUUGUGGACCUGUGUCUACGAGUGAUCAUGCGAGCCAUGUGGUUUUGUGGAGGUUUCCAUUGGAUCAAGGUGAAAGGGGAACGAGCGGCACCCUCUGAAGCUCCCAUCCUCACUGCGGCACCACAUUCUACUUACUUUGAUGCCAUCCCAGUAACCAUGACCAUGUGCUCCAUAGUCGCCAAACUGGAGAGCGCGAGCAUUCCAGUCUGGGGAACUUUGAUCAGAUACAUCAGGCCGGUGUUUGUGUUUCGGUCAGACCAACACUCAAGGAGAAAAACUGUAGAGGAGAUCAAGCGGAGAGCUCAUUCUGGAGGGAAGUGGCCUCAGAUCAUGAUAUUCUCAGAGGGGACAUGCACCAACAGGUCUGGUCUCAUCUUAUUCAAGGCUGGUGCUUUCAUCCCAGGACUCCCAGUGCAGCCAGUGAUACUUCGCUACCCAAACAAACUGGAUACUGUUACAUGGACGUGGCAAGGUCCUGGAGCCUUUAAGAUCUUAUGGCUGACUUUGUGCCAACCUCAUAAUUCUAUGGAGAUUGAGUACUUACCUAUUUACACUCCAUCAGAGGAGGAGAAGAACAACCCUGCCCUGUUUGCCAAUAAUGUCAGGAAGCUCAUGGCCAAAGCAUUGGAGCUGCCACUGACAGACAUGUCCUUUGAUGACCGUGACAUCAGCCUGUCACAGGGCCCGCUGCGUAUUUAUGACUACAGCUGCUUGCUGGAGUUCAACCAGCUGAUGCGCAGCUUAGGGCUGAGAGCAGGAACCACAGCCUUGACACUGGAGGAGCAGGCCAAGAGAGCCAGAAAGCUGCAGGGAGACAGACUGGGUUUGGAGGACUUCGCCCAGUUCCUCAACCUGCCAACUACAGACACGCUUGAACAAGUCCACAGCUUCUUUGAUCAGCAUGGAGUUGGGCAGAUAGACAUCAGACGCUAUGUUACUGCCCUGUCCGUCAUUCACCGACCUUUAAAGCCAAUGGACACCCUCAAAUUGGCCUUCAAGAUGUAUGAGAGCGAGGAGACUGGGGAAAUCCUAGAGGAGCAUCUGGCAGUCAUCUUUGAAAUAAUGUUGGGAGUGAAGGAAGUGGACCUCACAAGGAUGUUUUUAGCACUGGGAGGACCUGACACAGGGAGGAUCACUUAUGAUGAACUUCAGAAUUUUAUACAGAAGUUUCAAAACUUCGCCCUGGAAUGCCUUGAUUUUAAAGACCAUCCACGAAAAUUCUGCAUCACUCAUCGUACAAGCUGCAACGGCAAUAACCAGGACAAAGACAAAGAUCACUAAACAACAGACUUAACCCUCGAUUUACAUUCUCUGUCCUGCCUGACAGUAUCGUCUACAGAUGCUGCAGUUUAGCUGCCACCACAGUGCCUUUAAGUGCAGGUAGAGAAAGAACAAAGUUGUUAGGAAAGGUAAGAAUCUGAACUCCAUCUGUUAUCUCAGUUCUCUUUAGAGUUUUUUCAUUUAGUUUUCUUUAUGAUAUAAAGAAAGCUGUUUUUUAAUGCUCUACAGAUAUUUAUUUAAAAUUAAUUUUCUCAUGCAUCCAAUGCAGAUAUUUGAAAGAAGGUAUAUUUUAUCCUUAUGGAAGAAUUUGUGUUGAAGGUUAGCACUGUUUUUAUCUCAGGCAAAUGGACCAUAGCACAUUGCCCUUGUCUGCUGCUAUUCAGUUUCAUACAGAAAGACAAAGAACUCUCAUUUCAGGUAGAAACUAAAGAAUCUGACAGAUAUACAACCCGCAGCCAUUAAGUGACAAGUCUGGAAUGCUAUCCUAUAAAAUUAUUUUUACUUUAGCUACCAUAGGCCAAAGUAAAACAGCUUUAAUGUUCUGAUCCCCAAGCACUUUCUAGGUGUUUUUUGCUCCUGUCAAAUUUUGACUCACCAAAAAUGGAAAGAAACUUGGAAUUAAUGUACAGGAUUUUUUUGUAGUGUUAGCAGCACUGGAAAAAACUGCUUCCCCUACAUACUAAAUACUGACAUUUGUAAUACUUCUCUCCUCUCUGCUUUGUGUAAACACAACCUAUAGUUCAGCCCAGUUUAGCUAAAAAGUCUAAAAAAAUUUGUCACAUGACUGUUUGUCAGUAAGGACUUCUUUGCAGGAUUAUUAUUGAUGUUUUUUGUCUGUUUUUGCGGAAUUUGAUUGCUGCAAACAGUUUAUUUUUGGCAUUUAGAAAAGCAAAACAAAAGACAGACGUGUAGAAUGUAGUGAUUUUGACGAAGUAUCUCAGUUUUAGGCCUAGACUCCAGAUGAAACAGCAAGUCACAGAUAGGUAGUUCUGGGAUUGUCAGAAAGUUAAAAAUCCAACUUAUUUCUGUUUUUACCAUUUCUCUCCAUGAUAAUUGGUGUAAUUUUUUUCAUUUGUUAAAAUGACAACAUGCCCUUCAAACCUGCUGGCGGGUUUUGUGCUUCACAGGGCUAAUGAGCAAAAAAGUGAUAAUUGGGCCUGCAUUUAUCGAGAUGUCUUAGAAUCCUAGAAACUGUGCUAAGUUAGCACAGUUAGCAGGAAGGAAAACCACACUUACCUCAAAAUAGGAGUUAAUUGUUACUUUCAACAAAGAAACACUGAAAAUGCAGUGAGGGAUUUCUUUUCCUGACUUUCUCAGUCACAAAUUAUGGCAUGCUGUAAUUAUUCAGACAGCUGUUCGGAGUUGUACUUAAAUGUGAAAUCUACAUGCAGAAAGUAGUAAAUGCUUUAUGUACAUGGGUUAGUAAAAUGUUACUAAGUUAUCUGAAUGAUGUAAAAUGUAAUGCUUACAGCUCUAUAAUUUACCAAUAAUCUAUUUGCAUUAAGAUGCUGAAUUUUUUUUAAUUGUGACAGUUUUUGUGGAGAGAACAUUCUGCAUUCCAUGAACGGUCAGGUUACCGUCACCUGGAACCCUUGAACAGGUUCAGACAUUUCUUGAGCUCUUCUCGAUGUCCACCAAGAUAGGAGACAUGUUCUACAUAAAGACAGUUUCAGUUCAAAUCUGAAAAGCUGAACCAAAGACAUGUCAGCCUGACUCUUGCCUUCCUACAGCUAAAACUACAUCUACCUUCAACCUUUUCCGAGAGGAUUAUAAAAGACUGACUCCAAACUGACUUUUCUGCAUUCUGGUGACUUUAUAUUUUCAUCAGUCUCAGAAUUCAUACAUUUUUUUAUGUAGUUUGAUGAAUAAUCUAAGUUAUUUGAUGUUUUUAAUGUCAGUACUGCUUGUCCAGGAUAGUUUCUACACCUGCAAGUUAAAGACCCACCGAGGAAGAUUUUAGCGGAGCCUCGGCCUCCCGUGAGCCUCGGCGUGCACUGUCGCAAACCGUCAUACCCACACAGUGUUUUUGCCACAAAGUUAGUCAACUAAACCAGUCAAACUAAUCCCAUAGUCUACUAACCACACAUCGCAAGCAAGACACACAAAAGACAAAAGAACUGUAUCAAACUUACAAAGAGCUAAAGUUAUGUACCUGUCUAGGAGAAGCACAGCCAGCUCGGCAUCUGUUUUGAUUCCUUUUUGCUCCCGGAAUUCUCUCCACCUCUGAAAUGCCCUGUCCAAGAUGAACUUUUCUUUUGCUUCGUUGUCGAUCUGACAACUUUUUUUGCUUGCAGACUUUGCUCCGUUUGCUUACUUUGGCGCUCCAUGUGUGCCGUCUUCUCAACCAACUCUCCGCUCUGCUACUGCUAAAAACAACUAGCUUGGCUCCGUCAGCGCAUGCACACCGUAUUUGCUGUAAAUCGUUCUGUCUCUCACAGGAAAUUCUAGACAAGUCGACAAAAAAUUAAUAAAAUACAAAUAUUUUCAAAACCAAAAUGAUUCAUGAAUCGAAAAUGGGGGCAUUAAUAAGUGUAAAUAACGAAGAUUCAUCCACAUUAAUAUGAGACUUUGUUGCGACCAUAAAAAUCUUCCUCGGUGGGUCUUUAAGAAAUUUGAAAGUGCCCUACUUUUCCUAAAAAACAAAAACAGAACAAAACAUGGACUGCUUAGGACCAUUGUAGAAAAGCAAAGUUCAGGUUUGAAAUGAAUAAAUAGAUAACAUGUCUUCAGUUUUCAUAAGGGCAGAAAUCAAAUCAUUUUGCUUUAUGAAUAAAAUGCGUUCAAUUUU